GGACAGCUGAGCAUGUCCCGAAUUCCUGUGCCCUCGACGCACUCUCCUUCUAACCACCGCGGCGCAGGCGCUCUCCCCCGCUCAGAGUCGCCCAUACCCUUCCCUGAACGCGCUACCUCACCUCUCCCAGUCGCCGUGCACCGUCACCAGCCAUCUACCGCUAUGUCCACCGUGUCCGCGUCCGUGGCAGAGACCAGGAAGAAGCAGUCCAAACGGGACGAGGCUAUCCGGAAGAAGAUCGAGGGCGAGCUCUCGCGAAAGCGCACGAUCUCCACGACCCAGCACACGUCGAGCCGCAGGCGCGGACACAAGCCCAAUGUGCAGAAGGGCACCGUCGCCGCGCUCAAGCCCAGCCCCGCGCUGACCGUCCCGGAGAACAUCACCGUCUCGGAGGCCAGCCAGCUCUGUGCUGCGAAGAGGACGGACUGUGUCCUCGUCGUCGACGACGACGAAGGCCUCAGCGGUAUCUUCACCGCGAAGGAUCUGGCGUACAGGGUCACCGCGGAGGGCCUGGAUCCUCACGUUACCCAGGUCAGCACGAUCAUGACGCGAAACCCGAUGGUCACCCGCGACACGACGAGUGCCACAGAGGCGCUGCAGCUCAUGGUCCAACGGCACUUCAGACAUCUGCCGGUCUGCAAUGAAGAGGGCAACGUUGUCGGUCUGCUUGACAUCACGAAGGUCUUCCAUGAAGCUCUCGACAAAGUCGAGCGCAGCUCCUCCGCGUCGGAGAAGCUGUACUCCGCGCUCGCGGGCGUGCAGUCCGAGCUUGGCACGGGGCUGGGCGCGAACCCGCAGGCGGCGGCGAUGCUUUCCUACGUCGAAUCCCUCCGUGAGAAGACGGCCCUGCCGGACUUGACCUCCGUCAUGGAUUCGCGCACGCAGCCCGCCACCGUCGGCCCGAAGACGACGGUGAAAGAGGUCGCGAAGCUGAUGAAGGAGCGGCGCACGACGGCGGUGUGUGUCAUGGAGGCUCCGACGCAUGCCCCUCAUGCCGUCGUUGCCGAGCCGCCAAAGAUUGCGGGUAUCUUCACGAGCAAGGAUAUCGUUCUGCGUGUGAUUGCGGCUGGUCUCGAUGCGACCAGGUGUAGCGUCGUCCGCGUUAUGACCCCUCACCCUGAUACUGCCCCUCCCGACAUGACCUGUCAUGACGCGCUCAAGAAGAUGCACAUCGGUCAUUAUCUUAACUUGCCUGUCGUGGAGGCAGACGGUCGUCUCGUGGCUAUCGUCGAUGUCCUCAAGUUGACCUACGCGACCCUCGAGCAAAUGAACUCUAUGACGAUGACAGAAAACGCGGGCGAGAACGAAGAGGGCGGGCCCAUGUGGGGUCGCUUCUUCGACUCCCUAGGUGGCGAUGACACCGAGUCGGCCUUGUCGGGUUCUCACUUUGGUACGGAUGUGCGCUCCCGCCAUCUGUCCCGCAGCAUGUCCCACACGGUUCAUUCGCCUGAGGUGCACCCCAACGACUCUGCGUCUAUGGUAGAUGAACAAGAGGAGCACUCCGUCCUCGAGGGUUACUCCAGCAAACAGGGCGAGCCUCUCCCGUUCAUUGUCGGCCCGCCGGUGCCUCUGCCGGCGGUCGAUGAUGGCACAUACGUCUUCAAGUUCCGCACGCCGAGCGGGCGUACGCACCGUUUCCAGGCGCGCCACGAUAAUGUCGAGAACCUGCGGGACAUCGUAGCGGGCAAGCUCGCGACGGACCCCUUCUUCACGAACUACAAGACCGCAGAUCCGUCCGAGCCGCCUCCGGACCCGACGGACUUUUUGCUCUCGUACACGGACGCGGACGGCGACAUCGUGCUCAUCACAUCGGAUGCGGACGUGUCGGACGCGGUGAAGAUCGCGCGCGCCGCGGGGGCAGACCGUGUUGUGCUGUACAUUCAGGGCGGCAAGGGCUGGGCGGACGUCAUGGCGGAGAAAAGCGCCGCGCAGGCCGCUGAGGUCGCCGCAGCAGCGCAAGCGGAAACCAAGGAGGUCGAGAAGGCGGAGUCGGUGCUGCCGGAGCCGGCCAGCAACCCGCCACCGCCCCCGGUGCACGUCGUCGAGGACGAGACGGUGAUGGGCAUCCCGAAGGACCUGCUGCUGCCUGCCAGCAUAGGCGCGCUUGCGGCUGUGAUUCUCGGCGUGUUCACGAUCUCCCGGCUCUCGCGGUAAUGUGCUUCAAGGACGGACGGAUGGAUCGUUGUGCGGGCUGGAUGGUUGGUUUAGUCUCGUCGUGUGCACUCUCCCGCAACAUGACUCCUAUCUGCUAGCAAUGUUAUGAUAUUUUUGCUUUUACGA